AUGAUCCCAACGCCCAUGGAACAAGCUGCUCAUAGCCAAGAUCGUUGCGCCAACCACGACCCAAGUCGAAGACGACGGAGCCAGUUUGGCUCCGGCGCGUGCGACCGUAUGGCCAGGCUGCUGGGCUUGAUUACAGAUUUGAAGGGUGACAUAAUAGCUUGGCUUGAUAGGCUUGAAGCUCACCGAGUCGAGGACGAUCAAACGUCGGACAUGUCCGCCGGUAGCAGCACCUUUUGCACGUAUGCGGAAGCGCGCACGGGACUCAGUCGAAACAUGACUCUGGCCUCGCUCGAAGACAAAGUAGUGCCCGGCCCAGCGCGACAACAUGCAGCAGGAUUAAGGCAGAAAAUACAGGGGGUAGGAAGAGGCGGAAUCGACUCACCCCCUCAGGUACCAUGA